AUGACGCUCCGCCGAGGGGUGGUCGACUCGACCGAGGCGUGCGUUGUCGACGCGCUGGCAGGGCAUGCGGCGCCGGUCGUGCUCGAUCGGUGGCCGAUAGCCGAUGCGUAUGACACGUCGAGUGUGUCCGAGGCACGUACCUCUGAUGCACUGGACACGUACUGCCGCCCACCGCUGAUGGCCGAUGCGGCGGCCUUCGCACAGGCCACCAAGGAAAUGCGCAGCGACGCGAGCGUAUGGUGGACGGAUGUGCCGUUCGCGGUGUGCGAGAGCCCUGCGAUGGGCCAGCUGCUCGUCGAAGCAGUUGAGCGGAGCACUAGAAGCCGAGCGUGUGACGCCGAGCGACACAAUACGGCGGGCCCUGCCGAGGACGGCGAGCAAGAGACAGGCAAGAAUGAGCACACCGAGACGUUGCACGUCGAGGGCGACGCUAUUGCACAUACCCUCUAUACCAAUGCACGGUCCCACAAUGCGAGCCUGCAAUGGAAGCAUGCCCAAGGCUCGUGUGAGUAUGUCCUUCCCCCCCGGACAGCGGCGCUGCUCACCGACCUGCUCCCAGAGCACGCCCAAGAGCGUGGCCUCCUUCCGAACGGCAUUCUUCAGGUCCUGGAUCUCGUGAAUACCGUGGGCGGCGUAGACGUCGUCCUCCUCGACCCUCCGUGGCCGAACAAGUCGGCGGAGCGCGUGCAGCGCAUGCGCGGUUAUGGCACCAUGCCAGACAUGUAUGAUCUGUGGCGGCUGCGCCCCACGCUCGAGCCGUUGCUGGCCUAUCGCCCUCUUGUUGCGCUAUGGAUCACGAACCACCCCAAGGUGCACCGCUUUGUGCGUGACAAGUUCUUCCCCGGCCUGGGCCUGGCGUAUGUCGGCUGCUGGGCGUGGCUCAAGCUCGCGUCGAGUGGCGAGCCGCUUUAUACCCUGGCGCGUCCCCAGCGGCGAAAGCCGUACGAGCUGCUGGUGCUGGGCGCAGCCGACGGCACGGCGAUCCCUCCCUGUCUUUUGAUGAGUGUGGCCCUGGCGCACAGCCAGAAGCCCGAGUUCGUCUCCGCCGCCUAG